GUUACUUAACCUCAACAUAUGUUAUCAACAAAGUUUCAUAAUUUACAAAAAAAACAAUGAUAUCUGGUGAAAAACACAGGAGAAAUAGAUCGAGAUCGCCUAGUAGAAGGCGAAAUAGAUCCAGAUCAACUAGCAGACGAAGACGUAGAUCGAAUUCUAAUAUUAAGCAAAGGAGUAGAUCACGGUCUACAGGUAGAUCACAUAAAUAUCAAAGAAAAGGGACAUCAGAAUUUAAAUAUGAUUAUGCUUCGAAAAGACCUCAGGACAGUGCCAGAUUGGAGGACUAUCUUGAAAGUAGAAGACAAGAAAGAGAACUACUUGGAGUGAGAGACUGCCCAUUUAUAUGGGAAAAAUCACCCGACAGGGAAAGUGAUACUAAUGAGGAUGAAUCAUCUAACGAGAAACAAAUAAAACAUAAAAAAGAAAAGAAGAAAAAGAAGGUUAAAGAGAAGAAAUCUAAAAAAGACAAAAAGAAGCACAAGAAAGAAAAAAAGAAAAAGAAGAAGAAAGUUUCGAGUAGUGAAAGUGAUUCAUCAAGUGGAGAAGAAGUUUGGGUAGAAAAAACAUGUUCUACAGCAUCUGAUACUGAGGAUGUAGCGAUAGGUCCCGAGUUGAAACCACACACAACAUUAACUCAUAAAGAAAUGGGUAAAGCUUUGCUUCCUGGAGAAGGUGCCGCCAUGGCUGCAUAUGUGGCCGAAGGAAAACGUAUUCCAAGAAGAGGUGAAAUCGGUCUCACUUCUGACGAAAUAGAACAGUUUGAAUCGGUAGGUUACGUUAUGUCGGGAUCAAGACAUAGAAGAAUGGAGGCUGUGCGUAUAAGGAAAGAAAACCAGAUUUAUUCUGCUGAUGAGAAGAGAGCUCUGGCUAUGUUCAGCAAAGAAGAGAGACAAAAAAGAGAGAACCUUAUUUUGGGUCAAUUCAGAGAUAUGGUCAAGUCUAAGCUAGCCGAGAAGAAGAAUGAUGAAUAGGUUUAUAUAACUGAUAUUGUAUAUAUAUUUAAACAAUCUGUACCGUACUGGAAUAAUUAUUUAAUAAGGCAAGGCUUUAUCUAAUUUUCAAUCGAUGUGUAUUGUUUUAAAAAAAAACGGAAAUAUUUAAAUAAAGACUUUGUUAAACAAGAAA